AUGCAGACAACUUCAGUUCGUAACGACGGUGGGGAGUCGACAGGCAUUACUCUUCUGGAUUAUGUUCCUCUGGCGGAUGGCAAUCUGCUGCACAUGUUGCAACCAGAGCGGGCAACCAACCUUAUAUUCACGUGGCUCGAGAUAGUGGCACAUCGAGAAAGAUGUGUUGCCUCACCUGAUCCCUUGAACGCGGUGUCUCAGGAGGCCCCACCUCCACCACAGGGCAGGAAGGCGGGUGGCCAACAGGCCAACGCCGGGAUGCUCUGCUCUGCCCGAGCCACCCAACAUCUCGCCAAUCUCCAAUACAACGUCGAGUUGACGAUGAAUGUAGUUCUGUACAUCUGCAUCACGGCAGUGAAGACACUGCGUCACUGCCUCCUGCUCAAUUGCAUGGCGAAUCAGCUGCGUUACCCAAACUCGCACACGUACUACUUCUCCAACACGCUUCUCUGCCUGUUUGCGGAGCAGUCGAAGGAGCGGAUGAAAGAGCUGAUUAGUCGUGUGUUGAUGGAAUCAGGCGCCUAA